CUAUGCGAUAUCAUUGGCGAUCAGUGUCAGACAUCAGCUUGCUCAUGCUGACUAGAAAAGGAGACCAUCGCUACGUAGAGAAAUUUGAUGCGAUUCGGGCUCCAUCUUUAUAAAUAUAUAUUGAUUUAGACCUUCUUUACCUGGGUCUCGAUAGAUUAGAGUCAGUCAGUCAGCCAGUCAGAUUGAUUUGCGGUCUCUGCUUCGUUGCGCACUAUUAAGUGAAGCGGCUCCUCGAUCCAGUAUUCGUACACGGAGCAGCCUCUUGGAUGCGUGCUUUUUCGCCAGAUUUGAGUGGCCAGCGGAGGCGUUGUUUGAGGUCGUUGCCGGGGUCUGUCAGCUCAGGCUUGCUGUAGAAAAUCAUACCGAUAUACACAGGACGUGGUCGCAGCGAAGCAGCAUCAAAGCUGGUAUGAAUUAAGUCCUGAUUCUGCUUGGCCGGCUCGACAGCGGAAAGCGACGAGGUUUGCAGGCGCUGCCUACCGGUCAGAAAAACUACUCCAUCAGGUAGUAGCAACGGCCUCGGAAACAAGUAGAAAUAUUACUCUCGGUCGAAACCAGGAGAUGCCGUUAGCAAGCCCAUCGAAGGAAACGGACGCUAUAAUAAAGCGGCAGUUGUGGGUAUCGGUUCCGGCGGCUGCGGGAGCCAAUCAAGAAGCUGAUGCUGUGAUCAACAAGCGAAUGAGCCGAUUGGCGGGCGGCAAGCGCACGAGAAACCUGGGGGAGCAAAAACCGCUUUUGAGAGCAAUCGAAACCUGGGGAACAUGGGUAAGGAAUUUUCAAUUUGAAUGUACAGAUUUUGAUCUCUGUAUCCAUCGGCUCAUUUUCGCUCUAUUCAGUUCAGAGGAAAAACCAGCCACCCACUUCCUUGGAUACUUCUGACCACACUCCCAAGCAUAUCUUCUCCAGCUUGACGUGAAUACAAAUGUCGCGGUUGCGCGUUCACGCUCAGUACCAAGGCCGGCUAGCGCAAGAGGGCUGGUUCUGGAAAAGCAUGAUAUUUUCGCAGGUUGGGACGCUUCACUAUUCCCUAGGAAACGCAAGGGGCGACGAUUCAAAGGCAGUUUCAUGAGUCUUGACAAAAGAAAGCCGAUAUAUUCGACAGGAAAAGUGCCGCCACACAUAGGUCCGUUAAUUCCACACUAUACACACAGCUUACAGUCUUAACCAUACUUCGAGGUUGCCCAAACAACUUGAUUGAAUUACGCAUCAUGAUUCACAACUUCGUUCCACCAUGUAAUCACAUCACGUUUUGUUCAGGUCCCGGACAAUAUGAAGUGCAAUCAUUAGGAGUUAUAGAUCCACGACGAGCAAGAGAGCCACUAUCGAAAUUUCGGCUAGCGAGUUCAGCAGGGUUUUCGGUAGAUGAGAGAUGGAAAAGCGAGACGGCUACAUCCGACUGGCGACCAGGUAUUUACUGGUGCACACUUUCCCUUUCGUAAUAAAUUUCUUAAGAACUUCGUCCAAUCAAAAUGUGUUUAAACCUUCAUUUAGAUGGAAAUGCAUACGCAUCUGAUUCUGAAAAUUAGUAGCAAACUGAAUCAAGUAAAAAGCUAAGUACAAACAUUAACAUCAUACAACUUGCUUUCUUCUAACAGGUCCCGGAGCAUACGGGGUUCCCUACGUGAGUCUUUUUCCAGAUCCCGAGACAGAAACGCGUUCAUACCAGACACGUGGAACCGUUUUUGGGUCGCCAUCGCCUGCGACACGGACUAAUGGGCGCAAGACGCGGUUUGGUCGCACAGAGCCACUCGACGCCGUACAAGGUUCUCGUACGAAAAUUCUCAACCUUGAAGAAGAAUUUUCCUAAUAUGUGGUCGAAUAAAAAGGGCUUUCUGAUUCUGUCACCGGCGGGAGAUAAGAUACGUUCCGUUUCCGAUAUGUUCACAUUUUCCAGGACGCUACAAAAAUAAAAAUAAAUGCAGCAUGCUCUCCGUGAAUGCUCCCCUGCACUAACUAAAUUAAAACACACGAAAUUACUGAUUUAAAGAUGUCAUGCUCGAUAAUUGAUUCGCUGAUACUGAUAUAAAGUCAUCAAUCCUCUCAUUUACUUGCUCUGAUAACAUCUUCUCUGUGAGCCUUGCCUCCGUGAAUUUCCGCGACUUUUCGACGUAUAUCAUUAUCAUUCACCACAUCUCAUUGUAUCGUCGAUGUUCAUCUCUAUUUGGAAUCUGUCAUGAUCCCGGGCUUUGAUGUUCACGUACUGGAGCACGCAGUUGUAUAGAAAUUAUUGACAUUACAUCACAAUCGAAAUUAAAGUUUAAUAUUUAUAUCAAAAAACUGAGCGGGCUGGUGACUACGGUUGGCGCCUCAUCGUUGCUAUUGCUGAUCCCCCUUUCUGAUCUGAACUUCAUCUACUAACUUUGGAAGAGUAAAUUGCAGCAUGCGCUAUACACUUUCCUACCAUGCAUAAGACCGCUUGUGCUGGUAGUUGUGCCGUGAAAAACUCAGCGGAUCCGAUUCUAUGCACCGGCUGGAAUCCACUGCGUUGAUGCGUGUGUCAUAGCUAAUUAAUUUGAUCAAUCAAUUACAAUAGGAAUAGAUCGUCCCAAAACAAAUGAGUGUCUGUGUGCCUGAUGCUGGGAAAAACGAUCGCAAGAU